ACUUUCCUUCUCCGCAUCUCUCCUCGACAUCUCCACGUAUCUCCUCCUUCCGUUUCUGUAAUUUUUCUCAGAUUUUCUCCAGAUCCUUCUCUUUACCCUGAUUUCUUCUUCCUCCCUCUGUGUAUAUAUACAUACACGUAUAUAUUCAUAUGACCCUUGUCUCAUAUCGCUUUCACCUGUCUGUUUCUUCUUCUUCUUCUUCUUCUGCAACCAUGGGGCUGUGUCUGAAAACAGUCUCCUCCUUCGUGUUCAUCGUUUCCUUUGCCUUCUUCUCCGUUUCAGAAGCUCGACGGUUUUACGUCGGUGGUAAUGGAGGAUGGGUCAUAAACCCGCCGGAGAAUUACAACACGUGGGCCGAGAAAUCCCGCUUCAGUGUUAACGACACUCUCUAUUUUAAGUACGCGAAGGGGUCGGAUUCGGUUCUUCAGGUGAGCAAGACCGAUUAUUUCAGCUGCAACUCCAAGAAUCCGAUCAAGAAAAUGGAAGAUGGAGAGUCUGAGUUCAUGUUUGCUCGUUCUGGUCCGUUUUAUUUCAUCAGUGGUAACGAAGAUCACUGUAAGAAAGGACAGAAACUGAUCGUUGUCGUUUUAUCCGUCCGGUCUAAGCCUCCCCACGCCGAUGCUCCGGCGAAGUCUCCGUCGUCGUCUCCUUCCCCUGUUCAUCACUCGCCCACCGUUUCUCCGUCUCAUGCUCCGGCGAAGUCUCCGUCGUCUUCUCCUUCCCCUGUUCAUCACCCGCCCACCGUUUCUCCGUCUAAAUCUCCGGCGAAGUCUCCGUCGUCGUCUCCUUCCCCUGUUCCUCACUCACCCACCGUUUCUCCGUCUAAAUCUCCGGCGAAGUCUCCGUCAAAUCCGCCGUCGUCCCCUUCCCCUGUUCCUCACUCACCCACCGCUUCACCGUCACAUGCCCCGGCGAAAUCUCCGUCAACUCCGCGGUCAUCUCCUUCCCCGGCUUCUCCUGCCCCGUCAACAAAACCGCCGAGUUCUCCGAAGGCCUCUCCGUCACCGGCCCCGGUUGGCCCACCGCCGGAGCUACCUCCGAAGUCUUCUCCUUCUCCGACGGAAUCUCCGAACAGCUCCGACGACAUUAUGGUUCCGGCGCCGGCUCCGGCAAAGUCAUCGGGGAGUAUGUUGGCCGUUAUGUCGGUUACUACAGCGUUAAGUAUGGCUUUGACCGUGUUUAUGUCUGUCUAGUCCCAUGGGCCCUUGCAUGGCUUAUUCAAUUUCGUUUAUUGUAUUCUGGUUUUAUUUUAAUUUCAAAUCUGUGCUUUCGGGAAUUCUGUUCUGUUGAUGUUUUUUGGUUGGUGUAUUUUUUUUUAAAAAAAUUUCGGAUAA